AUGAAAAAGUCCAAGCUCGUUCCAUGUUUAAUUUCUUCUUCGUUCACUUUCACUUCUUCUUCUUCUUCUUCUUCUGGAAUAAGCUUCAUAGCCUGUUUUUUACACAAUACCAAAGUGAUGACUGUUUUAGAUUGGGGUUACAGAGCAAACAUUAAGGUUCACCAAGCUGGUGAUGAUCAUUCUGCUAACUUAAAGUUGAAGGAUAAUAAUGGAACCGUUAAAUUUAGUCAAUUCAUCAAACAAGAUUUGAAGUUUUUAGAUCCUUCCAAGAAAUUAUACUUGAAUCCUUACUUGUUUAAUGGAUCUUUGCAAACUUUGUACUAUACUUCCAUGGAUAGUUCCAAUAAGUUUAUGAUUUAUUAUGGUAGAGAAUUAUUUACCUACAAAGAUAAUGGUAUUUGUUCAUUGGAUUGGGUUAUUCCAAAACCAAAGAAUCCAGAACAAUUUAAGAGACUUCAAAAGGAAACAAUGCCUGAAGGUUUCCCUAGAUUACACCCACGUUGUAGAUAUUUUGACAAAGAAGAAUUAUCUCAAUUACACGAAGAAAAUUUGGAAAAUACUAAACCAGUUGUCGCUAUUCUUCAUGGUUUAGCUGGUGGAAGUCAUGAAUCAUUGAUUCGUAAUUUUGCUGAACAAAUUAACAAAAACACCAAAGAUUGGGAUGUUGUGGUUAUUAAUUCCCGUGGUUGUGCCAGAACCAAAAUCACCAAUGGAAAAUUAUUCACUGCUGGUUCUACUGAUGAUAUUAGAGAAGUUUUGCAAACUUUCAAACAAAGAUGGCCAAAGAGACCCAUCUAUUUAGUUGGGUUCUCAUUUGGUGCCGCUUUAACUUCAAACUUUUUAGCCGAAGAAGGGGAAAAGGAAAAUCCAACUAACUUGGUUAAAGCUGCUUGUACCAUCUGUUGUCCAUGGGAUUUUGUUGAUGGUGCUCACCAUUUGCAAGAAUCUUGGACUGGGAAGUAUUUAUUGAGUCCUGCUUUAGCUAAAUUCUUGACCAAGCUUGUCACAAAUAACUAUAAAGAAUUGAACAAAUAUAUUCCUGAUAUUAUUAACGAAAAUACUUUGAAAACAAUUGAAAAUUCAAAGUCUCUUUGGGAAUUUGAUGACAAUGUCACUUGUAAAACCACCCCAUAUAAUAGUGCCUUUGAAUAUUAUAAAGAAUUGUCCCCAGUUAAUAAGAUUGAUCACAUCAAAACCCCACUUUUGGCAUUGAAUUCAACUGAUGAUCCUGCUGUCGGUGUCAAGUUACCAAUCCUGCAAAUGAAAUCCAAUCCUUACUUCUGUUUGGUUGAAACUGAUUUGGGUGGUCAUUUAGGUUAUAUUCAACAAAAUGGUGAAUUCUGGUGUGUAGAAUUGGCUGAACAAUUUUUCCAAAAAUUCGAAGAAUUAAUAGAGUAG